AUGACGGCCAAUUCGGAAACGACUGGUUCCGAACUCGUACCGGCUUUACCGGCCAAACACAAUGCGAUAUUGCGCUGGAAGCGAGUGACGAAUCCAAGCGGUCCUCAACCAAGACCUCGCCAUGGUCACCGUUCGGUGAACAUCAAAGAAUUGAUGGUAGUUUUUGGCGGAGGCAAUGAAGGAAUCGUUGACGAACUGCAUGUCUACAAUACGGCUACGAAUCAAUGGUAUGUUCCGGCGACAAAAGGAGACGUCCCACCGGGAUGUGCCGCUUACGGAUUUGUCGUGGAUGGGACGCGCAUACUAGUGUUCGGCGGUAUGGUUGAGUACGGCAAGUACUCCAAUGAGCUGUAUGAGCUGCAAGCUACCAAAUGGGAGUGGAAGAAACUGCGACCGAAGCCACCAGAAUCGGGUCCUCCGCCGUGUCGCCGGUUGGGCCACAGCUUCACGCUUGUCGGAGACAAAAUCUAUCUUUUCGGCGGACUGGCAAACGAAAGCGACGACCCGAAAAACAAUAUUCCCAAAUAUCUGAACGAUCUAUACAUAUUGGAGAUAAAAAACAAUCAAUUGCAGUGGGAAAUACCGACCACCUUCGGUGAAAGCCCACCGCCCCGCGAGUCGCACACGGCCGUGUCGUGGUACGAUAAGAAACAGAAGAAGUUUUGGCUCGUCAUUUACGGCGGUAUGUCCGGGUGUAGACUCGGUGAUCUGUGGCUGCUGGAUACGGACACGAUGUCCUGGACACGGCCUCGUACAAGUGGCCCGUUGCCUUUGCCACGUUCGCUGCACAGUUCAACGCUGAUCGGCAACAGGAUGUACGUGUUUGGCGGCUGGGUUCCGCUAGUGUUGGAUGACGUAAAGGUGGAAAAGCACGAAAAAGAAUGGAAGUGUACGAACACACUAGCGUGUUUGAAUCUCGAAACUAUGACCUGGGAGGAGCUGGAUCUGGACACGGACGAAGAGAACAUGCCACGUGCCCGGGCAGGCCACUGUGCCGUCGGUAUUCACACCCGUCUCUAUAUAUGGUCGGGCCGCGACGGUUACAGGAAGGCCUGGAACAACCAGGUCAGGGUGUGUUGUAAAGACCUGUGGUACCUGGAGGUGGAGCGUCCUGGAGCGGCAUCCCGCGUGCAGCUCGUGCGCGCUUCAACACAUUCGCUGGAAGUGUGCUGGCAGGCGGUACCAUCCGCUUCCUACUACAUACUUGAGGUGCAGAAGAUACCCCAGGCUCCGCCACCGUCACCAGCACCAGCUGGGCUGAAUACAGCGCCAGCAGUUGUAGCAUCGCCCGCUGGUGCAACUAUUGGCUCACCGGCAUCCAGUACGGGUUCCAUGUCUCCUGCACACAUGAUUAGUGGCAGCAUCGGUACAACAUCCGGAGAACCUAUGGUUCAGCAACCGAUUAUUAAACAAUUACCGGGCAGGGUGUCGGGUACACCGUCAGCAAUCACCGUAUCGGCGGCAAGCAUUCAGUCGCCAACGUUGCAAAAUCCAGUCGUUGCUCAAACCGCCCUGGUAGCAAGCCCGAUCCACAGUGCAGGUGGAUUACAGUCACCGACCAACAGCAACAUCGGCAUCGUCACAUCGCCUGGCCUCACGGUAGCAUCACCGGUACAGCGAAUCGUCACGAAGGUGCAACCCGCCAAACCGAUUCAAACAACCCAAAAAGUGCUCACCACUGGUUCGCAAAUACUGCAACAACAACCGACUCAAAUCGUGUCCGCAUCCCCGCAAGGCCAAUCAGCGGCACAGACCAUCCAAACGGCCAUUUUGCAAACUACCCAGGCGCAGCUACAGCAUCAACCGCAGACGAUUCGUGUGGUCGCUACUGGUGGUACUGCCAUUUCUAACGCACAGCAGCUAACCACCGGUACCGGCACUCCUAUUCGCGUGCUAUCUUCUACAGGGCAACAGUUACGCAUUGGUACCGCAAGCACCGGCACAAUGCAACAAGCAGGGCAAACGGCCGUACUGCGUACCGCAGGUCCGGGAAUCGUUUCCGGUGCACAGUUGCAAACGGUACAGCAGCGUCUUGUCAGUGCCGGUUCGGGCAACACUUCGACCACCGCAACGAUCGGUGGCAAGCAGAUCAUUCUGCAGAAACCGGUCACUAUAGUAAGCGGUACGCCCGGUGCUGGAACUACUGGAGCUACAUCCAUUAAUAGCGCUACCAACCAGGGUCAAAUUCUAACACUGGUAAAAACGAGCCAAGGAAUGACGAUGCAAACCGUACCGAAAAUGAGCGUGGUACAGAAGACGGCUGGCACGGGAACACUGCAUCAACCGCAGCAACAAAUCAUUACAUCAAACCUACUGACAGGAACCGGUGGUACGGUCGUACAGCAGGCAACGGUUGCCGGUACGGCAGCUGGCCAGAAAACGACCGUCAUCGGCGGUAACGUGGUGAAACUGAUGUCGACCGGGUCCGGCACGAUCGGUGGCAAACAGAUACUGAUGAAGAACUCCAACAUUGUGCAGGUUGGCAAGAUGGGCACAAACUCGACCGGUAAACCAACGCUUGUGCUCACGAACAAAGCAGGCCAGGCAAUACGGGGCAAUCAGCAGGUGAUUGUGGUUACGACUCCACAGGGUAUUCGCACAGUUAGCGGCACGGUUACGUCUUCCGCUAACAACUUCGUGACGCUGUCCUCUUCGCAGGUACUUAACACUAUCACUUCAACGCGCACCACCAACAUCGGUGGUGCGACCGUACUGCAGGCCACCUCCGUACCGGCCGUCAGUGGCACGGGUUCCACCCUGAAUGCUGUCGGUGCUGGGGGAGGAAAUAUAGUGACGGCGUCGGUUGCAGCCGGCGGCACUACAACUACGCUGGGCGGUCAAGCGAUUAAGUUACGCACGGUACAGGGCGGUAAACCGAUCACUUUCACCAUGCCGGUUGGAGGUCUGCAGGCCGGUGGACAAAAGAUCACUGGCACGCAAAUCAUCAAUAUGCCGCAGAAGCUAGUCAGCGGCAAAUCGGUCACGGUACAACUGACUCCGUCGGUUGGUGGACAGAAAACGGUCACGAUCGUUCCGUCCGGAGCAAGCGGUACGACUGCAACGUCCGGUACGGUCACGGGACAAGUUGGUGGACAGAAGAUAUUAAUGCUACCGUCGAAAACAACGACUCGCAUCGUUACCCAGCAACAAUAUCAGCAAAUACAGCUGCAGCAGCAACAACAGCUCCAGGCCGCACAAUUGCAGCAGCAACAGCAACAGUUGCAAGCGCAGCAACAGCAACAGGAACAUCAGGUAUCUACCGAUGCAGCGUUUGCGGCUCUGGCAGCUGAAGCUGGCAUGAUGGAAACGGACGCGGAAGGUAUGGAACAGAUGGACGGUUGUUUCGAUCUUGAAACGUUUAUCGACGAGGAAGUCGUACCCUGUUUUGAGGUGGAAAGCGAAAAUUCGGUUCUCGAUGAACAUGUUGCUAUCGAAGAUAUGGAGCGCCCGACUGGUUUACCGAUGUUCACUCUCGAGCAGCUGGAUGGAUGCGAUGAUACUUUGUCCAUCAUUACCGCUAACGGAAAAGCAAUGCCCGGCCAGCACAAAUAUCCCACACGUUAUAUCAAACCGGGCCUUUAUGGCGGUGCAUUGCAGAUGGGACUAAUGAACAACAGUGGUUCAGGUGGGGAUGAUAGUGAUUCGCAAUUGGAAAAUCCGGCUUCCGAUAACGCGGAAGAUCAGCAGCAGCAACAACAGCAGGAAGCAGAUGAAAUCGACCAGAGCGGCGAACUAGCGCAUGACAACGUGAUGCUGGAGGGUAUGGACGAUGCCGGUGGCAGAGACAGCCAGGAUGAAGGGCAUUUGGAAGACGAAUCUGGUGCAGGUGCAGCCGCCGGCUCGAUGAUGGUAUCGGCCGAUGAAGAAGAUGGCAACUUUGUCGGUGAGGACAGUCAAGAUCACGACGAACUGUCGACUGAAAAUGAGGAGAACAUACAAGCGAACGAAUCGAUGGACAAGGAUAACGCCAACACUUCAAUGGAUGAAGACCUUGAUGAGGAAGAGAAUCAUGGGCUGGAUAGCCUUAUGGAAAGUGAUACCGCGGGACAGUCUCAACAGGAAAUGUCUUUCGGUAGCGAGCAGGAAGAAAUGCAUACGAUGGAACAACAUACUGCUGGAUCGUCCGAACUCGCGGGUGGCGAAGGAAUCAGCACGGAGGAAUCGUCUUCCAGUGCGGCUGUUCCUGCCCAUGUUCCGAAAACCACCGUUGUUAGUGCACCGACGGCAUCGGAAACGGAAGCAGCCAACAUUCUCACGACGAUAAAGAGCGGAGAAAUUUUGUCUCUUCACAAUGCCGAACUGCUCGCUGGUGGCAGUACUGGAACGAGCAACGAUAAUAUUAUCCAGCUUGAUUCCGGGACAGCAACUUUACUGCAGUCGUGCAAUGAAAAUGGUCAAAUGAUAACGUUCAAAACCGAAGCGGUUGAGAGUGGCGGUGGCGGUUCAACGCCGGCCGUUACCGACGGAACCACGCUUACGCUCAGUGACGGUACCACAUUCGUAACACGCCUUCAAACGUCCGGUGAACAGUCAACGAUCGAUGGGAUGGUACCACAAACCCACUCAAGCCCGGGCAAUAUGAAUGUGGCCGGUGCUGUUGUCAAGACAGAAGAUGCUACCAACAGCACAUCGUCGACCACUGGUCACCUGGACGCACUGGCAGAAGCGGCAGCUUCUGCAACCUCUGUGCUGCCGACUGAACUAUUGGGCGACCUUCUGUCCUCGCCCACAUCGAACGUAGCACAGCCGGCACAGCAGGGAACGUCGAUAAAAUUUUUGGACCCCACGUCGAAACAGUUCACGGUGGUCAUGCAAGCUGGAGGAGACGGCACAGGAGCAUCGGUGUCGAGCGCUGGUGUGAACAAUGGUAGCAACAACACCACCCUGUCCGGGAAACAAGUGAUCGGAAAAGCAGUCGUUCGGUCCAACUCUACUGGAAAGACAAAGGAUGAAAAGGAAGAGAAGUCAGCGAAACCGAAGGAUGAGUCCGAGAUUUGGCACACGGUGGGCAUUUUUAAGACGGUCAACCAUACCGUUUCGAACUACAUCGAUGCAAAUGUGUGGGACAGUUCUGUCGAUGGCGAGAUGCUUAGCGCGGACAGCAUACCCGAUCUGACCGAGCUGAAGCGAAUAAACUUGGAGCCGGGCUGUGCCUACCGGUUCCGUGUCGCCGCCAUCAACAGCUGCGGUCGGGGCGAAUGGAGCGACGCCACACCGUUCAAGACGUGUCUGCCGGGCUUCCCGGGUGCUCCAUCCGCGAUAAAGAUUUCCAAGUCACCGGAAGGUGCACAUCUCUCCUGGGAACCGCCACCAUCCACUACCGGCGAUAUUCUGGAGUAUUCCGUCUACCUGGCAAUUAAAUCGCAAAACCCCGCCAAGGAUAAGUCAAGCUCGGCCGCCGCCCAGCUGGCGUUCGUGCGCGUGUACUGCGGGUCGAACAACCAAUGUACGGUUGCGAAUCAGUCGCUGCAGACGGCCCACGUGGACUUUACGUCGAAGCCAGCCAUCAUCUUCCGUAUAGCGGCCCGCAACGAUAAAGGAUAUGGCCCUGCAACGCAGGUCAGGUGGCUACAGGAUCCACAGCUAUCCAAAACGACCGCAAUGGGCGGUGCCACUGGAGGUGCAAAUCAGGCCGGAAUUGUUGGAAAACGAUUGGCUGACAAGUCGACUACGAUCGUUCCUAAUAAGCGGGUCAAAAUCGGUACACCAGUAUCGGGUACCAACUCCUCGAUGAUGGUUUCGCCCCAGCACCAUCACUAA